GCAGUAGCUCAGUGGUGCUGGCUGCUAGGCUAGGUGCUAGUUCAGUUGGUAAUCUGUCAGCCUGGAGCUAAAGGCACACACACAUACACACACCGCUGGGCACUACACUCUUCCGGAUUACUCUCUUUUGAUGGGCUGAAGAAGACCCUCUGAUGCGAUUUGAACUUGGCGCUUGUGAUGAAGGACAGACGUGCUGCCCAUGCUGCCACAGUAGAUACACAAUUACUAUGCUACUGAGAGAAGAAUGACAUUUGUCUCAUUUUAAUUCCUGGAGCUGCUUCGGGCCGAGUUGAGACUCGAUUAAAAAGCUGCUGCUCUGAGCCAAUCUUCAAGGACUUUUUUUCUCUGUGCUGGAAAUCCCCCUCUUCCCCCACCUCAGUCAAGGUCAUUUCUCAAAUUUAAACCCCGGAAAGAAGAUCGCUCCAGAAGAGGAUGAAGCUAAGGAAACAGGUGACAGUAUGUGGAGGGGCCAUAUUCUGUGUGGCUGUAUUCUCACUGUAUCUGAUGUUGGAUCGAGUCCAACAUGACCCUGCAAGGCGACAGAAUGGCGGAAACUUUCCACGGAGCCAAAUCUCAGUUCUGCAGAACCGGAUAGAGCAGCUGGAGCAGCUCCUGGAGGAAAACCACCAAAUCAUCAGUCACAUAAAGGACUCUGUGAUGGAGCUCACAGACACAGGAGCUGUGUCUCCCAGCGGCCACCUGCCAUUCAGAAGUGCCAAUGGUUCCUGGGUCCUUCCAUUCGAUGGCCGCCCCACUUUCCUCGCUGUCAAACCCCAGGACUGCCAGUUUGCUGUCGGCAGCCACGGUCAAGCAGAUGUUCAGAUGCUGGAUGUGUACUCCCUCCUGAAGUUUGACAACCCUGAUGGUGGUGUGUGGAAACAGGGUUUUGACAUUACUUAUGACCCUGAUGAGUGGGACAAUGAGCCGCUCCAAGUGUUUGUGGUCCCUCACUCCCACAAUGAUCCGGGCUGGAUCAAGACUUUUGACAAGUACUUCACAGACCAGACGCAGCAUAUUUUAAACAACAUGGUGGUCAAGUUGCCUGAGGAUCCUCGCAGGAAGUUCAUCUGGUCUGAGAUUUCAUUCUUCUCCAAGUGGUGGGAGACUGCAGACAUACACAAACAGGAGGCAGUGCGCAAACUGAUCCAUGCAGGCCAACUAGAGAUUGUGACAGGAGGGUGGGUGAUGACGGAUGAAGCCAAUGUUCACUACUUUGCCAUGAUAGACCAGCUCAUUGAAGGACAUCAGUGGCUGGAGAGAAACCUGGGUGUAACUCCUCGCAGUGGGUGGGCCGUAGACCCUUUUGGUCACAGCGCUACUAUGCCCUAUCUGCUGAAGAAGGCCAACCUGACCAGCAUGCUCAUUCAGAGGGUCCACUACUCCAUCAAAAAGCACUUUGCCUCCACCCGCAGCCUGGAGUUUAUGUGGAGGCAGGCCUGGGACACUGGGUCAAGCACGGACAUCUUUUGCCACAUGAUGCCGUUCUACAGCUACGACGUGCCUCACACCUGUGGGCCCGAUCCGAAAAUCUGCUGCCAGUUUGACUUCAAGAGGUUACCGGGUGGUCGGAUAAACUGCCCUUGGAAAGUGCCACCGAAAACUGUGGUGGAGGCCAACGUAGCAGAGAGGGCACACCUACUCUUGGACCAGUACCGUAAAAAGUCCAAACUCUACCGCAGCAAGGUGCUCCUAGUCCCGCUGGGAGAUGACUUCCGUUACGACAAGGCCCUGGAAUGGGAUCAACAGUAUAUCAACUACCAGAAGCUGUUUGACUACAUGAAUUCUCACCCAGAGAUGCAUGUACAGGCUCAGUUUGGGACUCUCACAGACUACUUCAAUGCUGUAUACAAAACACAUGGAGUGGCCCAGGGAACCAGACCUGCAGACUACCCAGUGCUAAGUGGAGAUUUCUUUGCCUACGCAGACCGUGAAGACCACUACUGGACUGGCUAUUUCACCUCUCGGCCAUUUUAUAAGAGCUUGGACCGUGUGAUAGAGUCACACCUCAGGGGGGCGGAGAUCCUUUACAGUCUGGCGGUUGCCAAUGCCCGACAUGCGGGAAUGGAAGGUCGCUACCCAGUCUCAGAUUAUGCCCUGCUUGUGGACGCGAGGCGGUCUGUUGGCCUCUUCCAGCAUCAUGAUGCCAUCACUGGCACUGCAAAGGAAAAUGUUGUCAUUGACUACGGCACUAAAUUACUGCGUUCACUCAUCGGUCUGAAGAGAGUAAUCAUCAAUGCUGCUCAUUUCCUGGUGAUGAAGAACAAAGAGUUUUAUCGCUUUUACCAGACAGAGCCCUUCCUGGAGACGGACGAUAGACGUGCUACUCAAGACUCUCUGCCUCAGCGCACUUUAAUCGAGCUGGACCCAGCAGGACCCAGGUACUUGGUUCUGUUCAACCCCAUUGAGCAGGAGCGGCUGUGUGUGGUGACUGUUUUGGUCAACACGGUCAGGGUGCGGGUGCUUACGGAGGACGGACAGACCCUACCAGUGCAGCUGAGCGCUCAGUGGAGCUCCGCUAGUCAAAUGAGUGCAGAGGUAUUUGAGGCAACUUUCAUGGUCCGUCUUCCGCCUCUGGGUCUGGCUGUUUUCCAUCUUUAUGACUCUCCGGACUCACCCAUGACGCUCCGCUCCGACACCCUGCUCAGGCUGUCCGGACGCGGUGUCGCUGCCCGGGCUGCAGACCCGCUCCCUGUCCGCUCCCAGCAGUCCGACCCUCAGACCUUCUACAUCAGCAGUCAGUCUCUCACGCUUGGCUUCUCUGGAACCACCGGCCUACUGGAGAGUAUCAAGCGCAAGGAUGAUCCUCAGGAAGUGAAGGUUCAGAUGCAGUUCGUGGUCUAUGGCACUCGCCCCUCUAAAGACAAAAGUGGGGCUUAUCUCUUCCUACCUGAUGGAAAAGCAAAGCCCUACAACCAGAAAGAGCCACCUGUGGUGCGUGUUGUAGAGGGGCCUCUCUUCUCUGAGGUGGUGGCACACUACCAGCAUUUUCAGCAGACCAUUCGCAUCCACAAUGUGCCAGGAGUGGAUGGGUUGUCUAUAGACAUUACCACCAUGGUUGACAUCAGAGAUCAGACCAAUAAGGAGCUGGCCAUGCGACUGGUCACUGACAUCCAGAGUGGAGAUGUUUUCUACACAGACCUCAAUGGCUUCCAGAUGCAGCCUCGUCGCCACUACCUAAAGCUUCCCUUGCAGGCCAACUUCUAUCCCAUGCCCAGCCAGGCGUACAUCCAGGACAGCCAUCACCGCCUCACCCUGCACACAGCUCAGUCUCUGGGUGUCAGCAGCCUGGAGAGUGGCCAACUCGAAGUGAUUAUGGACCGGCGGUUGAUGCAGGAUGAUAACCGUGGACUCGGCCAGGGCCUGAAGGACAACAAGAAGACAGCCAACCACUUCCGGCUGCUGCUGGAGAGGAGGUCCACGGGCAACAAGAUGAUGGACAGUGCAACGACGAGCUUCCCCUCUAUACUCAGUCACAUGACCAAUGCCAUCCUAAAUCACGAGGUCCUGGCGCUGCCCGUCCUGCCCAAAAGACGCGGCAUCCCUCCUCUACAAACCUUCGCCCCUCUCAAGUCCAUCCUUCCCUGCGACUUCCACUUGCUGAACCUGCGCAGCAUCCAGAGCCAGCAGGACCCCCACUCUCCAUCUCCAUACACGGCCUUGAUUCUUCACCGUCUGGCGCUGGACUGUGGCGUUGAGGCUCAGAACCUGGGUUUCAACUGCACCACCACACAAGGACAGCUGAGUGUGUCAGGACUGUUCAAGAACCUGGAUCUGCAGCUGCUCCAGCCCAUGUCCCUGACCCUGAUGCACGCCGGCACACCUCUGGCCAACGACUCCACCAUCAGCCUGGAUCCCAUGGAGAUCUCCGUCUUUAAGCUCAAACUUCGCUAAGAGCCGUCCAGACUAAACAAGGCAAUAACAAUAACCCCCACCCCCCACCCCACCAGCAUAGUAUUCCUUGGACCAACUAUGGGGCCCACACCAGGCCACAGACUGGCAACAGAGUGGGGGUGGGGGUCUGGGGGGACUGGGUCUCCUGGGUCUCCUGGGUCUCUCUGUUGUUUUCAAGCAGAACCACAAACACUACAACUCGGAGAGGAAGGGGUCCACUGUAACAGGACUGACUGCACAGCAGGGGGCAGGCGAUAGCUGUUACUGUGGACGUCUCCGAGAGCACCAAAACCCAGGCGAACUCGCAGCUGUUCCAAAAACAACUGAGACUGCCAGAGUCGCUCGACCAGAUAAGACCCAGGAUCCGUUGAUCUUUAAUCAGAAAUGAAAUCUCAUUUAGUUCUGCUUUGUAAGAACUCAUGUCUUUUUCUAUCUUCGCUCCAUCCUGGACUGAACUACUGAAUGUAAAUAUCCCAAAUGAGGAUUUUGGGGGUGGGAUAGGGGGGGACUUGUGCCACAUCAGAGUGCAAUUUACAAAGCUUUAUUUGGUGUAUGGGUUUUUCAUUUUUCAUUUUUUUUUAAUGUACGCAGUGAAGAAAAUGCAUCACAGCGGUUUGUUUUUGUACCUAUGAAUCUAAUGUUGACUGCAGUUCCAUUUUUUUUCGACAGACUCGAAUGCAGCAAAGAGAAUGUGUGGUCUCUUCAUCUCUAACUCACCAGGAGACCCAAGCUGCAGUUCUUUAAGCUAUUGUACGUCUGAGUCCAAGAGUCCUAUGUUGGUCACGAUAACGCGAUAACAAUGUGAUCAUCAAUCAUAUCGGAUGACUGUUUACCUUCUGUAUGCUGUUUUUGCUUGUAGAUAGUCUGAAGACCUUCUUUUUCCCUCUCCUCUUUUUUUCCUCCCUGAGCUUCCUCUUCGCUGAUGAGAAAACUGUGGAAGGUCUGUGCAUUUCAAAGCUCCUGUCCGUCAUUCCUGUGCUUGUACUUCACUGCUGAGAGGGUGGUUAUUGUCCAUAUUGUAUGCAGUGGAAGACUAGACAAAGACUAUACCUCAUAUGUACCACAUGGCAGAUAUAUCAAUAUGUGUGUGUGUCCGCAGAGUAUGUUAACGUGAAUAUUUGAAGGGUUUUUUUGAGGGGGGGGGUGUGUGUAUUGAGGACUGUCAGGGACCAUUCGCAGUACUAUUUGGUGUCAUUGAUCAGUAGUACUGGUCUUAAGUAAAGGGUCAGUUCAACCAAUUUUCAAAAGAAAAAAAAAAACUAAUUAUGUGCAGAUGGCUUAACAACAAUUAAUUGUUCAAUCUACAAAAUGCUGGAAAAUUCCACUUCAUUUUCAGAUAUUUUUAACAGAAAAGUAUCAAGUAGCUUUUGUUUUUGUUUUUGUUUUUUUGAAAAGUGAUGCAUGACGAUAGAUGAAAUGAUUAUCAAAAUUGUUGUUGAUUUAUUUUCUCAUCAAUUCAGCACUAUAUCUAUCACUUUCUCCCACCCCCGGUGCAAUGGAGAAGAAUGAAAUUUCAUAUCUGGGGCUCAGUGUAUUGAAAAUUUCUUUAAAAAAAAAAGUGACAGCAACUAGUCUUUCCUAGAAAAGUGUCCCUGUCACUCUUAAUAAUCCACAGACCUCACUGUGAAGAGAUUUCACAGGAACUACUUUCCUCUAAGGCUGAAGUGUCCCACAUACUGUACAUACCACACACUAAUUCUAAGCAGGUUUUGAGCAUGUUGUGUGGUCAUGAUGGAACCGUGACCAAAUUAAGCAUUCUCAAAACACACAGUAUACACACUAGAAAAAAACCCUUGAUUUUGAGUGUGCUGAUGACUGCUGUUAACUAUUGGACGAUAAUACAUUGCACUAAGGAAAUGAAGGAGCUGCUCACAGCCGCACAAAUGUAAUUGUGGUUAAACAGCUUUAUGAACACGUCCAAAGAAAACAAAAACAAAAAAAACACCUCUGUUUCAAAAGUGUAAUUGGCAGUGUUAUUUUAAAGUAGCUGGUUGAUUGUUUCUGCAGGGUGCACAUUCAUCAUUUCCUGCUUUCAUUAGACACUAAAGUAUGUUGAUUUUUAAGAACAGCAAACAGCAUACUGCAGUAUAUCUAGCUAGUAUGUAUGGGAUGCAGCAAUAGAGUGUGUGUAAACUCUUAAGUUUCUGGAAAGAGGUCAAGUUUAAAUUUCAGAGAUGUACUUUCAACACUUAAAAUUUUCUGCAUGGCUACAUUCCACUAGAGUCAAUUAAGAAACAUUUUUUGUGUAAUUUGGGUGAACUGACCCUUUAAUAAUAACUUAGAUUAAACCCCAUACACAGGGAUUCUCAACACAUAAGAAAAUAAGUUUCUUCAAAUGAGCUGCAGUUUUUUUUCUUUUUUUCUUUUUUAAAUCUCAGCUCCACAGUGCUUCUUAUCCCGAGGCUGUCUCCAGGCACUCAGCCUUUUUCUGGUGCGUCUCUCUCUGCCUCCACAGCAGCCGUGGAGGAUGUUGUCAACUGUGUCCAAAGCUGAGGCUGGACGUCUGUCGCAGCCCACCUGUGUUGCGCUUUGUGUCGGGCCGUCAUCUCAACCUGCCCCCACUGUGUCCUCAUUGCUUUACCCGGUCAUCUUCUUCAUUUUCCGCAGGAGGUCUGCUGCUUUGUUGCUCUCCCUCUCUGGCCUGAUGUCUGGUCUACCAUAGCUCAAUACACCCUGUCUCCUCUCUCGCUGCGAGCACUGCAGAACACCCCCCCUCCACCCUCCCGAGCUGCAGUUAACAUUUUUGUCAGACCAGACUUCACUGCAUAUUGAAAUGCACUUUCUGUUUUGUCUCAUAACCUUGUCAUAACCUUUUCUCCUGCUGUUUCGGUAUGUGUCUGAGUCUCUGUAUAAAUGUCUUUUUCUUUGUUUUUAACUGUGAUAUAUGUUGUAGCGCUGUUUUUGUUUGUUCAGAGGUAAUAUAUGAAGGCAAGGUCUCUUCUGUAUUUGUUUAUUCACGAUGGAUUAAAGCUGCAGUAGAACUACAGAAGAGAUGGGGAGCGAAUAAAAAUCUAAAUACAGAA